GGAGCGCUUUCUUCUCCUUUGCCUGUGUGCGUGCCGGUGCGUGCGUCCCGGUCUCGACGCAUCGGAGUGUGCGCAAAAGGCGCGCACGCAGCGGGCUUCACUUUUCCAAUAUGCAACCUGCGAGACGCCACGCCGUCAGCUACUUGUGCCACUGAGAGAGAGAGAGAGAGAGAGAGAGAGAGAGAGAGAGAGAGAGAGAGAGGGAGAGAGAGAGAGGGAGAGGGAGGGAGAGAGAGAGAGGGAGGCAGAGGGAGGGAAGAGAGCAGGAUGAGGAUGGGGAUACAGUAGUGGUGUCGCGCAGAGCAGAGCAGAAACAGCGCGGCGCAGCAGCUCGGCUGAAUGUAGCUCUGAAUCCAGGAGCUGCAUCUCUGUCUGGCUCUCUCCCUUUUCCUUUUCCUUUUUUCUGUUUUGUGUUCUCUUUUUUUGGGGGGGGGGGGAUUUUCGGAGCCUAUUUCUGUCCGGGACUCCCACAGUGAUGUCUGUGCGCACUCUUUGCUUUAGAAUACGGAUUAAUCUGCGGCUGUGAGAUCACCCGCUUCCCCCAAAAAAACAAGCCUGUUGUGAUAUGAAAAGAUUCCUGGAGAACCGGUUUCAGCAGCUGUGAAGUAGCGUCACGCCGACCUGAUUGGGAAAGCAGACAGGUGCAAAUCGGAUUCCAUACGUCUGUGAUUGGAUGUGAGAGUACUUUGACCCUACAAAAUUGAAGAUGAUGUUGCUAUGGAAACUGCUGGUGCUGCAGUCACUUAUGGGGUGCCUUGCAGAGAGCAGCGUCCUGCAGAGCCCCGUCUUCACCAAGCAGCCCGGCAGCAUCGUGUACCCGGUGGAGACGGUGGAGAAGAACAGGGAGGUGGUGUUCAGCUGCGAAGCCCAGGGAAGCCCACCUCCUCUGUACCGGUGGAAACUGAACGGCACGGAGAUCAGCCCCAAAUCUGGAUCUCACUACAGCCUGUCUGGAGGCAACCUCCGGAUCAGCCAUCUGAACAAAGACCAAGACGCCGGAACGUAUCAGUGCCUCGCCUCCAACUCUUUCGGGACCAUCGUCAGCCGGGAGGCCAGUCUAACCUUUGCAUAUCUGGAAAACUUCAAGACGCAUCGGCGGAGUUCAGUUUCGGUGCGUGAAGGUCAAGGCGUGGUGCUGCUGUGUGGCCCGCCGCCUCACUCUGGAGAUCUGAUAUUUUCCUGGAUCUUCAACGAGUACCCGACGUUCGUGAAGCAGGACAGCCGCCGCUUCAUCUCGCAGGAGACGGGGAAUCUGUACAUCGCCAAAGUGGAGUCGUCAGACGUGGGUAACUACACCUGCGUGGUGACCAACACCGUCACCAAGACCCGCGUCCACGGCCCGCCGACUCCUCUGGUGCUCCGCAGCGACGGUGUGAUGGGCGAAUACGAGCCAAAGAUCGAAGUUCAGUUCCCAGAGGUGGUUCACGUCGCCAAAGGAUCCACCGUCAAGCUGGAGUGCUUCGCGCUGGGGAACCCGGCUCCGUCUAUCAACUGGAGGAGAGUGGACAGCGUGCCCUUCCCCCGCAAAGUGGACAUGAGGAAGGCCAGCGGCGUCCUGGAGAUCCCGUACUUCCAGCAGGAGGACGCCGGCACGUACGAGUGCGUGGCGGAGAACUCCCGGGGCCUGAACACGGUGAAGGGGAAGCUCUCCUUCUACGCCCCUCCUCACCUGAUCGUGAAACCCGAGGAUGUCCAGAAGCUCAUCGACGACUCGCUGGUGUGGGAGUGCAAAGCCACGGGGAAGCCGAAGCCUUCUUACCGGUGGAUGAAGAACGGAGACAACCUGGAGUCCACCGAGGAGCGUGUGCAGGUCGCCAACGGAGUGCUGUCCAUCAGCCGCCUCACCCUGUCCGACACGGGCAUGUACCAGUGCGUGGCCGGGAACAAGCACGGCGAGGUGUACUCCAACGCCGAGCUCCGAGUCAUUGCUGUUGCCCCAGAUUUCUCCCACAAUCAACUGAGGAGCCAGACGCUGGUGAAGGUGGGGGGAGACCUGCUGGUCGAGUGCAAGCCCAAGAUGUCUCCGUGGGGAGUGAUCUCCUGGAGGAAGGGCAGCGAGCCGCUGCGAGAGAGUAGCAGGGUGGCCAUUCUGGAGAAUGGUAACCUUCGGAUCUGGAACGCCACCAAGUCGGACGCGGGCGUCUACACCUGUAUGGCCAGGAACCAGUUCGGCAUGGCGAGCAGCUCAGGAAGCAUCACCAUUAAAGAGCCCACCAUCAUCACCACGCUGCCCUCCACGCUGGACGUGACGGUCGGGGAGAGCGUGGUGCUGCCCUGCCAGGUGAGCCACGACCCGUCCCUGGAGCUCAAGUUCACCUGGUUCUUCAACGAGCAGGUCAUCCGAUUCGGGAGCAGCGGAGGCUUCUUCGAGAAAGUGGGAGGCCAACAUUCUGCAGGAGACAUCAUGGUCCGAAACAUCCAGCUGAGCCACGCGGGGAAGUACACAUGCGCCGUGCAGACCAAGGUGGACAGCAUCUCCAUCGCCAUCGACCUGGUGGUCCGAGGUCCCCCCGGCCCCCCCACCACCAUCCACGUGGAAGAGAUCUCCGACACCACAGCCUCUCUGUCCUGGAGGCCCGGUCUCGAUAAUCACAGUCCAAUUACGGCGUACACCAUCCAGGCCAGGACGCCGUUCUCCCUCGGGUGGCAGGCCGUCACCACAGUUCCAGAGGUGGUGGGGGGGCACCGGCUGACAGCUACAGUAAUAGACCUGAGCCCCUGGGUGGAGUAUGAGUUUCGAGUCCUGGCGAGCAACACCAUCGGGACCGGAGAGCCCAGCAAGCCGUCCGAGCAGGCGCGCACCAAGGGCACCUCGCCGAAGGUCACGCCGGCCAACGUGAGCGGAGGUGGAGGCAGUCGCUCCGAGUUAGUGAUCACAUGGGAGCCUGUACCUGAGGAGCUGCAGAACGGACCGGGCUUCGGCUACGUGGUGGCCUUCCGUCCGCACGGCGCCACCGGCUGGAUGCAGGCCGCCGUGCCGUCGGCCGAAGCGUCCAGAUACGUCUUCAAGAACGAAAGCAUCCAGCCCUUCUCGCCCUUCCACGUGAAAGUCGGCGUCUACAACAACGAGGGCGAAGGGCCGUUCGGACCGGUCACCACCAUCUACUCUGCUGAAGAGGAGCCUGGCCGUGCUCCCACCAGGAUCCGCGCCAAGAGCCUCUCCGCAUCCGAGAUCGAAGUUUCGUGGAAAGCUCUGCCCUGGAACGCCAGCAAGAAGCGAGUGCUGGGCUACGAGCUGAGGUACUGGAGUAAAAACGAGAAGGAAGACACGGCCAGCGUGCAGAGGACGGCUGGGAAUCAGACGUCCUCCGUCAUCCGCGGGGUGAAAGGCAGCACCGCCUACUACAUCUCGGUGAGGGCGUACAACACGGCCGGGACGGGGCCUCCCAGCAGCACCGUCAACGUCACCACCAAGAAGCCGCCACCCAGUCAGCCGCCGGUGAAAGUGAUGUGGAACGCAUCAAACUCAAAGAUUAUAUUGAACUGGGAGCAGGUCAAAGCCCUGGAGAAUGAGUCAGAGGUCACCGGUUACAAAGUGCUGUACAAGAAGAAUCGACACAGCCGCCCCAGCAUCAUGGAAACCAACACCACCUCCGUGGAGCUCGCCCUGCCUACGGACGAGGAUUACAUCGUCCAGAUAAAGCCGUUCGGAGAAGGAGGCGAAGGCAGCAGCAGCAAGCAGAUCACUAUCCGAAGGACACCAGGCCCAACAGGCUCGGCGUCCAAGGUCUCCACUCUGUCAGCCCUCAGCACAAUAGCACUGUCUUUCACAGCGCGGACGUCUUUAUGACAAACGGCUCCCGCCAGACGUUGCAUCUGAUGUGGAAUCGGCUCUCCGGUGGAACGCAAACACGGCCCACUCUGGUGUAACUAGAUCCAUUCAUUUAGAUUUUAGAGGCAGAAACAAGACGCUGAACAGAGGGGGGAAAAAAAAAACCAACAAAAUGAUUAUAAAAAAAAAAGAAUGCGCCGGUGAGAUGACAUGGAAGGAGGCCCUUCUGCAGCAUCCAGGCUAAGUUAAAGGAGAUUGACCGAUGUCGUGACUAUGUUGUUACCAAAGCAGCUUUCAUAAGAAAAAAAAAAUGAAGUCAAGAAGAAAAAUGUCUUAUAUGCAUCUUUUGUAUGACAUGUCAAGCUUUUAUAGAUUUCUGUUUUCCUAAUCGAAACCAAGUCGGUGUGGGCUCGUCGGGCGAGAACAAUUAAGUGCAUGGCGAAUAACAUCAUCAUCAGAUUUUCCAGCUCGGAGGUAAAGAAUGUGAUUUGACAAGCGCACCUUUUGUCUUCUGAUGAAAGAUCAUACCUGCGGCUUCGGCUCCAAUCAACCAGAGUGCGCUUCUCUUUGUUCCUUGGAGUGAAUGAACCGUUGCCUGGUACAUCUCCGCGUUUCGCGGCACCCUCAGCUCUGCUACCGUCAUCUUCCCCAGUGUGUGAGCAGAGGACUGGUACCACACACCAGCUGCUAAUGCUUUAGCAUGUGAUUCAGACCCAGCGUCGGGGAACUGCAGCAGGAGCAGGAAGCGAUUUAUUGUGGAGAGGCUGGGCGAAGAUUUUGGUACAUAAAAAGGUCCAACUGAAAUAGUGUGAUGAUUUUUUUUUUUCCUACAUGGGUGGGGUACUGUUGUCAAGGGUGGCAAUAAAAAGAACAUUUCUUCCUCAAAUGUCCACAGUUUCCACAGUUGAAGAAGGAAAUGUGUCAUCUUUUCUAAGGAAUGGCGAGUCCGGACCCUUUGCCUCCUUUUGAUGUACACCUGUAUGACUGUUGUGUUCAGAAAUACUUAUGGAGUUCAUCAAGACUGUUAAAACCACAAAGACAAAACCCCAACACUGGUUAACAAGAAAAGGGUUCUCCAAGUUCUCCCACAGCGACAGAAAAGAAGUACAAAGCAGCAUUGGUUGAUAAAAUUCAUGAUCUUCACCCUUUUGGUUUAAUCUGAAUUCUGAAAUACCGCUAUCAUGACGUUUCUCCUUAGUGCGCAGUAGCAGCAUUUCCUCUAUUUACACAGUGACAGAGUUUUCACAAAGUUUUCCCAUAUUUCUGCAGUGACAGAGUUGGAAUGUUUUUGAAAAGUUCCACCUUGAGAGUCCAUUUUCAAAAAGUUGUAUUUUAAGUGACUUUGAGCAUCGCUGUCAUGUUUUAACAGACACCUAAAAUGACAUUUUAGGAUAUACUGCAAUUUCAUCUGAAAGCCCUGAAGCUGACCUCGUAUGCAGCCAUCGAUUCAAACAAGGCGUUAAAGCUGCUGUCUCUGUAAUUCCCUUCUCAAACCUUCCCUGAAAGCCCGACAGCUCCAAGAAAAUCAUUUAUCCAGCACUGAGUUCACUGAGUCCGGGGUAAUCUGGAGAAAUAACUCAUAUGAAAGAAUAUAAAGAUAAGCUGAACAGAGCUUUCUCCAUUAAAAACGUGGCUGACGUUUAAAGGACACGUGGAACGACCACCAAACAUUUUAAAGUUAUACAAGAGAGGAAACUGGAGAGGGAUCCAAACCAGAUGAGGUUUUUGCUAACCUAAGAAUGCUAAAGCACCAUACGACAACACAGUGCGGCAAUUCAGCUUGGCAUCAAGACGAGGGAUGCAGCUCUGAUUAUGACUGAAGUCCUUGAAGAUUACAGAAGAGCUUGACAGAAAGUUUUUCUCUAUCUGCGGCUAUAGCAUGUCAGAAAGUAUAGCGUUGGAUGCUAAAGCGUUAGCGUACCUUGUUAAUGGUGCUGGUCCUUUGGUAGGUAAGACGACAGGCGCCCACAACUAAGCUAAAAGGUACCUAGAGCCAUCCAUGAGAUAGUUUCAUUACUGGAGGUACCCUUGAGCCAAGCCGACACCCUGAACCCUGACCCCUCGCCCCCCCCCCGUGGGUUCUUUUACCCUGGCUGCUGCAUUGCACUGAUGCCCGAACCCCCCCUCCUUCCGCCCAUGGCUGUCACCUCAUUCUUUCAGUUCGCCCUGUGUCUGGAGCUAUUCUUUGCCUUCUGUGUGCCUCAUCAUAUGUUGGAAAUCCUCAGGUCCUGAAAGAGCCUUAAACUUAUCAUAUGUAUAUCGAGAAGAGAAGAAAAAAAAAACAAA